AUGCGUUAUUAUACUGUCUUUAUAAGGAGUCGUGAUUCUUAUGAUAAAUCGAGAUAUUCAGCAACUAGUGAAUCAAGUGUUUCAAGUGAUGAUAGUACUUCGGAUAUCUCUCUUUCGGACAACGAAACACCAUUGAAAGAUGUCCUAAUACCUUCAAAUAUCUCUCUUUCGGACAACGAAACGCCAUUGAAAGAUGUCCUAAUACCUUCAAAUAUCUCUCUUUCUAACCACGAAACGCCAUUGAAAGAUGUCCUAAUACCUUCAGAUAUCUCUCUUUCUAACCACGAAACGCCAUUGACAGAUGUCCUAAUACCUUCAGUUAUCUCUCUUUCUAACCACGAAACGCCAUUGAAAGAUGUCCUAAUACCUUCAGGUAUCUCUCUUUCUGACAACGAAAUGCCAAUGAAAGAUGUCCUAAUACCUUCAGUUAUCUCUCUUUCUAACCACGAAACGCCAUUGAAGGAUGUACUAAUACCCUCAAAUAUCUCUCUUUCUAAUCAUUGA